CGCCUUGCCGCAGUGUUACCAGAUACCGCGAAGGGGAUGUUAGAAAAUCAUGGACAUUGGCGAAUUGCUGGCUUUUAAGCCGGAACAGACGCCGAAGCGGCCGCACGAUGAGGACGACGACGACUUCGACACGGAGUCCUCACACGGAAAACGGGGCGGUGGCGACGAGAAAAUCAAACGCAUGCGGCGCAUCGCCGAGGCCAAGGAGUCGGCACACUAUGGGAAACAAGGCGGAGGCUCCGCAGCGUCCGCCGGUACCUCGUCAUUUGAAUUUGACCCUGAACUCACGGAGGAGGAGCGCCUGAACAUACUGAAGUACGUGGAGAACGAGGAGGCCGAUGGCGAUGUGCUGGACGAGCAGGGCCUCAAGAGACUGAUUCUGGUCUUCGAGAAGCGUAACCUGAAGAACCAGGAGAUGCGCAUCAAGUUUGCGGACAGCCCGGAAAAGUUUAUGGACUCGGAGGUGGAGCUGCACACCGUGAUCCAGGAGCUGAAGGGCGUGGCCACCGUUCCAGAUCUGUAUCCCCUGUUGGUAGAGCUGCAUGGCCUGCACAGUCUGCUAGAACUGCUGGCCCAUCAGAACACAGACAUCGCUGUGGCCGUGGUGGAUCUGUUGCAGGAGGUCACGGACGUGGAUAUCCUGGGAGAGAGUCGUGAGGGUGCCGAGGCUCUGAUAGAAGCCCUACGGAAAGAGCAGAUCUGCGCCCUGCUGGUACAAAAUCUAGAGCGCCUAAACGAGCAGGUCAAGGAGGAAGCCGAUGGAGUGCACAACACCCUGGCUAUAGUGGAGAACCUCACUGAAAUCGACUCUGAGUUCGUGAAGGAGGCGGCCGAGCAGGGACUACUGGCCUGGCUGCUGAAGAGACUGCGCGGCAAGACGCCCUUCGAUCCCAACAAGCUCUACUGCAGCGAGAUCCUAUCCAUCCUCAUACAAACGGAGAACGACAACCGACUGCAGCUGGGCUCGCUGGAUGGCGUGGAUGUGUUGCUUCAACAGCUGGCCGUAUACAAGAGACACGACCCAGCGAGCAACGAGGAGCAGGAGUACAUGCAAAACAUGUUCAACUGUCUUUGUUCCGCGCUAAUGGCCCGAGAGAAUCGUGAUCGCUUCCUCAGCGGCGAAGGUCUCCAGCUGAUGAACCUGAUGCUGCGCGAGAAGAAAAUGUCCCGGAACGGUUCCCUUAAAGUGCUCGAUCAUGCCAUGGCCGGUCAGGAUGGUCGCGACAACUGCAACAAGUUCGUUGAGAUUCUCGGCCUGCGCACUAUCUUUCCGCUCUUCAUGAAAACUCCAAAGAGGAACAAGCAGCGUCUGAUCUCCGCCGAUGAGCAUGAGGAGCAUGUGGCCUCUGUGAUUGCCUCCAUGCUGCGCAACUGCAAGGGAACCCACCGUCAGCGGAUGCUGGCCAAGUUUGUGGAGAACGAUCACGAGAAGGUGGAUCGGUUGCUGGAGCUGCACCUCAAGUAUUUGGCCAAGGUGGAGGCCAUUGACAAAGAGAUCGAUCAGCAGGCCAAGGAUCCCAGCAUCGACGAAGACGAGGAGGCCGAAAACAAUUACAUUAAGCGACUGACUGGAGGACUGUUUACUCUGCAACGCAUCGACUACAUUCUGCUGGAAGUCAGCGCCACCGCCGACACCGUCAAGCAGCGCGUGCUGCAAAUCCUCAACUUGCGCGGUGCCUCCAUGAAGACCAUUCGCAGCAUCAUGAGAGAGUACGCUGGAAACCUGGGCGAUGGCGAUACAGAUUGGCGGGAACAGGAGCAGACCCACAUACUUUCCCUAGUCGAUCGUUUCUAAGACUUACACACAAUAAAUAAUAAACAAGAAAUAUAAAUGGUAAACAAA